ACCGGUCCUGCAGCAAACAUGACAGGUAGUUCACACUGAUCUGAGGUCAGAGUGUCGCCGCCUCACAGGAAACACAGACGUGUCCUUACAGAGACACAAACAGAGGACAUGAUGGGACCGAAGACACUGCUGCUCGUCUCUCUGCUCACCGUCCUGGCUGUGACGUCAGCAGAGGGCAGCCAAGAUGGCGGCCCCAUGGUUGGAACAUGGCGGGAUAUCAGCAAGAUGGACCCGGGCCCUCUGCAGGCCGUGGACAGCGCCGUCUCCUUCUACAACAACAUGUCAAAUGACAUCUUCAUCUUCAAACCCCUCAGCAUCACCAGAGCACAGAUGAAGGUCGUUGAGGGAGCUCUGUACGCCGUGGAUUUGGACAUGACCCGAACCGUCUGCCGUAAACGAGACAACAACAGAGAUCUGUCCAACUGUGACGUUCAGCCUGAAGGUGACGACCUGCACCAGACGUUUCAGUGUCACACAGAGGUCUGGGUGAUUCCCUGGGAGAACAAGACCAUGGUCAGACAAUUCACCUGUUCAUCCUGAAACCACCGGCUGCGUCCCACCUUCAUCCUCCAUCAUCCUCACCUGCUGCUCUCCGUCUCCGCUCACCUGUCAAACUCAACUCUGCACUGAAAAAUAAAACCAACAUUUUUAACUGAA